UUUAUUUAUGCUGUGUGACAUAGUCCGCGAAAGAAAUAUUUUAUCAUAUUUUAAAGGAAUUGUUUCAAUUUACAACGUAAAAUAUCAACCAAAAUCCGUAAAUUGUGCUUGUCUGAAGUAUACAACAUCAUCACACAACAUUUUGUGGGACUAAAUCGUUAUGUGCGUUAUCUUUCAAUACGGUGGACGAUGUGUUCAGUUGCGCUUUGGAGCAUGUCGAAUGUAGUCAAAUGGUUCAGAGCAGUCGGUGAGAGCGCUCCUGCGUCCGAUGUUGUUUGUUUUGACUCCGGACAUUGAAGUAAACAUUGUGGUCAGGACAUAUCGAUAGACGAUGUUCGAUUGAGAACACUUUUGUCUCAUAAAAUAUUCUAGUCUUCAUUCUUCCAUAUACCCUCAAGUUUUGUGUUUAUAGACUACCCAAGGAUUGUUCAGUUGUUGUGUGAUAGACUCGGACUAUUAACGUGAAAAAUGUUCAGCAAGCACUAUGAGACAAGGCUGCUGCAGCAAUGCAGCCCCUUGAGCAAGAAACAAUGCAUAAGAUUCCCAGCAGAACACACAAAUGGAGACAGAUUUACACCUUGUCGAGCUGGGAACAACUGGCAGACGGCAUUCCAAGCAAUACACAGGGGCACAGAAAAUCAGCCAACAAAGAAAGCCAGAGGAGAUGGCGGCGGCGACAGUGCAACCGGGGCACGAGACCAACAUGCUUACAACUGUCUCCUACAAAACGAACUCCUCGGUGCUCAAAUAGAAGAAGUUAGAGGACCCUCAGCAUCAUGUGCCGAAGGGAACAAAGCCAGUUUGGGGACAGCCCAGACCCCAAAGUCGUCGCAAGCGUAUCUGCCAGUCUACAGGUUUAAUGCGCAGAGUCACAAUGCUGUGGAAAACAUCGAUCCAUCACCUUACAGUCUAUCCCCAAUAUCGGCAAAGUCAGAGAAACUGCUCCGGUCUCCAAGGAAAGCGACUAGAAAGAUAUCGAGGAUUCCGUUCAAGGUGCUGGAUGCUCCUGAGCUGCAGGACGACUUCUACCUGAAUCUGGUGGACUGGUCUGCGCAGAAUGUGCUCAGUGUGGGCCUUGGGAGCUGUGUCUAUUUAUGGAGCGCUUGUACUAGUCAGGUGACGCGGCUCUGUGAUCUCUCGUCUGAGGGUAACGCCGUGACAUCAGUCGCGUGGAGUGAGAGAGGACAUUUGGUUGCAGUCGGGACGCAGAAAGGACACAUCAGCGUGUGGGAUGUUGCUGUUAAUAAAGAAGUGACAAAACUUCAAGGGCACAUUGCUCGGGUGGGCGCUCUGGCGUGGAACGGAGACAUCCUCAGUUCCGGGUCCAGGGACAGGCACAUACGGCAGAGAGAUACGAGAACACCACCGGUGCAAGCAUCCCGUAUCCUGCAAGGACAUAGACAGGAGGUUUGUGGUCUAAAAUGGUCACCAGACGGCCAAUCACUAGCUUCCGGGGGCAACGACAACAAACUUUUCGUCUGGUCUAUGCACUCCACGUCCCCGGUACAAACGUACUCGGCGCACGUGGCGGCAGUGAAGGCGAUCGCCUGGUCGCCACACCAGCACGGCCUGCUCGCGUCCGGCGGCGGCACGGCCGACCGAUGCAUACGGUUCUGGAACACUCUCACCUCCCAGCCCAUGCAGUGUGUCGAUACAGGAUCCCAAGUAUGCAACCUUGCAUGGUCGAAGCACUCCAGCGAGCUGGUGUCCACGCACGGCUACUCUCAGAACCAGAUAUUAGUAUGGAAGUAUCCGUCAUUGACGCAGGUGGCGAAACUAACAGGUCACUCAUACCGCGUCCUGUACUUAGCACUAUCCCCCGACGGCGAGGCGAUAGUCACCGGCGCCGGCGACGAGACGCUGCGGUUUUGGAACGUUUUCUCCAAGACACCCUCACACAAGGAGAACAAGAGCGUUCUCAACCUAUACACAGCACUUAGAUAAACAUAUACCUAGAUAUAUAGAUCUUUUGUAUAUACUAGAUUUAUUUAUUUUUAGCUAUUUAACCUUACGUUUCGAAGGAUUUUUUCGGUGUUCUAACAAGCUAAUAAGCUGGACUGUUGUACAGUUUCUAAUCCGUGUUUGGUUUUGGUGGUUUGUUUGUGUUUAUAUUAAAAAUAUAUUUUAUUUUAUGGCAACACUGGGUUAAAGAUGGCUGUAUAAACAGUAUUGCCAUCUUUCUCCUAGAUAUUUGGUAAUUCGCUUCAAAUCGACCACCAUUCCGUACCAAAUCGUUAUUUUAUACAUAAUGUACACUGGUUUGUGUAUAGAUUAUUAUAUACAUAUGAUGUAAUUAUGUAUAUUUGUUUAGAUUGAGUUGUACAUAGACAUCUGUACAGUCCUGUGGUGACUAUUUACGGUUCUUUGAUAGAAUUGUGUUGUUGCUUAUGUUAUUAUGUUUCUAUGUAUUUACUUAGAUAGAGUGCAGGUUAAAGACGAACUCAGUGACGAAACAUUCGCUUUCGUCAUACAGAAAGCUUGAUAUAGGUGGUACUUAGAUAGUGACCACAAUAUAAUACAGAGUCGAAUGAUCUUAUAAUGUCAAACAUACAUAAGAAUAAAAUAUUUAAAAUAUUGCUAUGAUUGAAAUAUGCUAAGCAUUCACUCAGUGCCACACUUCAAGCUAUUUAAUAUCCAAUGCUAAUAUGAAUAAAGCAUAUUUUCAUUUGUCCCGUAAAGGUGAUGAAACCGUACUGCUGGACAGGUCGACUUUGUCUUUAGUCUGCACUUGUAUUAUGAAACUUGGCGAUAGUGGGAUAGAACUAUAAAAUACAAAUGUACCAAGUAUCUAGAUGAUACCGGUAGUGUAUAUAAACUGUUUUAAAUUACAAUUGAAACGGUACCAGGUUUAACCUUCGGAUUGGUUAGUAAACUUGGAGCAGCCAAUCAAAACGUCGUGCGUUAUAUACGCGUCGAUUGCGGGAACGUAAAACGAACUCGCACUAGGCAUUCAGAAACCUUAGUAUGAGUUUGUUUUACGUUUAGAGUAAUCGUAAUGAGGACGCGUUCGGCGCUCUGAUUGGCCGGCGCCAAUGAGCGAACCAAUCAGAUUACUUUAAACGUAAAACUCGUACUAAAGCUUCUGGAGUUAAAUUGCUAAGAGAAAACUGUUGUAAGGCAAAUCGAUUGAUAACAUCAGUCAAAAAUCGACUGUAUUGUUUAAAGUAUAGGAUGUAUUUUUAAAUACAACUUCGCUGCAUAGCUAACACUUGCGAUGCUUUGUAUCUGUGCAUUUUGAUCUCCUUUGCAGAUACUAACUGGAGUUGUAGUACUCGGUCCUAAGAAAAAUAUAGUUUCUAUACUAUAUACAACUACCAAUCGAGCAUCGAGCAUCGCGAAUGCAAAAUGAGUUUAUACAAGAGUUCCAAGAUAUAAGUUUCACAGUUCGUUCCCCUUAUCGCCUGAGUUAAUUUUGACAAAACCCGUAUACAGAUAUGAAAUGAAACUUUAUUUCUUUAUAUAAAAUUUACAAAUAUGUUCUUAUGAAAAUUCUGUUUCGACAGUCGAUUUGGUAUUGUAUUAAUUCGUGUUACUAAUCAACGAUAUUUUCUGUUCCAGCUUCAUUUAUUUUCGAUUUUUACCAAUUGAGAGUGGGGUAUUAAUGUUAGGAAUUAUUAUUAUUAUCAUUCUCUCAAAUGAUUUGUAGUCGAAAUUUGUUCCAGUCAAUCGAGGAGACGUUUAGAACGAGAUUAUGUACUAUAUACAGACUUUAAUACAUCAAGCACGUCAAAAAAUAACUUUGUUGUAAAGUAAUACCGUUCAAAGUCGUUAAAGAUAGAUAACUAGGGCGUAGCUUGAUGUGUCAGUGUCCGUUGAAGCGUUUUACUUACAGCUAAAUUUCUUAUAGGAGUAGUCUUAAUGUAUAUUAUGGAUUCGCAUUUAUUAAAUGUAAAUUGUAAGUUUAUAAAGAAACAAUUGGAGGUGCCUCCGUAAUGAUCUCAUUAACAACCCUACGAUCUUAAUAUAUGGCAACACUUUUAUGUAUAAACUUUUUCUUCUUUAUUUUAUUUAUUGUUUUCGUCUUCUGAAUAGUUUAUUUUUUGUAUUUUAUUGUUAUUUGUGGU